AUGACGUGUGAAGUCGCCUGGUCCAGCCAGGAGGGUCACUGCAGCCGUGACAAGGGCCGCCGCCUGCCGGCCUCCCCUCUGCCGGCCUCCCCUCUGCCGGCCCCUGCGCCCACAGAGGUCACCACUUCCUGCCGUCACCUGGGGAGAGAAGUGGCCUUCAUCACCACCAGCCGGCAUCGGCCACCCCAAGAAAGACCUGGGCAGGCGAGGCUCCUGGUGGCUCUGUCCUGGCGCGGAGCCAUCCAGGACACGGAGGGAGGACAGCGCGUGGACGCCCCUGCAGACAGGGCACACCCGAGGACGAGGAUCCCACCUGGGUCAGAGAAGGGGGCAGCCCUGGCAGGGGCAGAGCCUGCCACCUGUACCCCGGGACCCCCGGGACUCAGUGUCCACGUUGCCAGGGCCCAGCGGUCACAUCAGCGACUUCCAAGGCCUCUGAAGUCUCCGGCGUCCCCGCCCUCCUCCUCGUUCUCCUUCACCCUCUGCACCUGCACCACCCACGGUGACGGCCACCUGUCACCCAGCACGGGGCACCCAGACCCAGUGGAACUGGCUCUUAAUGGCACCAUGGCUGGUGCUAGCCCGUGUCCCCGUGUCACCACGCUGUCCCCGACGGCACCUCACCUGCUUCCCCUUCCUGCCACCGAGUCCUCGACAGAGCACCGCGCACGCCUCUCUGCGCACAUGUCUCCACCGGCCCAGCCUGACCCAGGUGUCCCAGGCAGCCCCAGAGCUGAGGCCGGUCCCCGUGCGGCCGGGUCUCGCUGGGGCCGGGUCUGGUGUGGGUGGUGCCCUGGUGGAGGGCAGUGCCUCCUGGUGAGUGGGGCUUCCCUCCCGCAGACUGGGUGAGUCCCGUGGGAUCCGGUGGCUCUGGCGAGGCCACCCCUACGCUGAGCGUCUCUCCCUCGGCUCUGGCUCCGCUUUCUGCCGUGAGUGGAAGCAGCACAAGGCGCUCAGCAGACACAGCCGCCCUGUCUUGGACAGGCUUCCAGCCUCCAGAGCCAGGCGUCCAAGUAAACCUUUUUCCUGCACAAAUUACCCCGUCUCGGGGAUUCUAUUGUAGCAACAGAAAACAGACUAAGAUAAUCACAGACUGAAAAUGGCCCCAUCGUCUUCCCCUUCCUCUUUCCCUGGUCUGGACCUUUCCCUCCCACACUGACGGAGCUCAGCCGUGUAACCUGCUCAGUGUGAGGCCAGCAGGGGCUUAGAAAGCCCUAAGUACCUGGGUUCGUACCCAGACUGCAUGUGGGACACGGAGGCCACCAAGUAAAUGAGCCCCAGCCAGCCAGUUGGAGAGGGACACCAGGUGUUCCUCUCGGCAGACACAUGAGCAAGGCCAUCCUAGGUCAUGCCACCACCAGCCAACCUGCCAGCGAGCCCCGGGGCGUGAGAAAGCCCUGCACAGAGGGGCCAUGCUCAGCCAGACCCUGGACGUCCCAGGCAGCCCCAGAAUGGCCAGCUAAAGACACCACCGUGACUCGACGCCCCCAAGAUUUGGGCUUCUUUGUUACAUAGCACAAGCUGACUGUUGGAGCCCAGCAUGGAACAUGAGGACCACCAGGGACGUGGCGUCUCCGGUAAUGUGUUUGGUGAGGGCUGCCACAGCCAAACCCGACCGAGAGCCGGACCUGCUCCAGAGGAAUAAGCCAGUCCUGACAGGAGGCAGGGUCCAGCCGGGACCAGUACGGCCCCCGAUUUGACCCAGUGUGGUCUCCCUGCUGCGGCAGGCAGGCG